AUGGCUCCCCGUAAACGCCGCGCGGUUCCGGAGCCCGAACCAUCCAGCGAAGAUGAAUCCCCUGCGCCUGCCACUCAAGCACCUGCUCGUCAGCGGAGAUGCACACGGGAACCCUCAGCCAGUGACGAUGAUGACGACGCGGACGCAUACGAUACCCGUGCUCCGAGUAGCACGGAUGUGAUGGUGAAGAAGAUGGUGCGGUUGGCGCUGGCGAGUGAGUUCUCGAGACAGCCUAUUCGGAGAACGGAUAUUAGUGCCAAGGUUCUGGGGGAGCAGGGGGCACGGCAGUUCAAGGUUGUGUUUGAGGAGGCGCAGAGGCUUCUGCAUGAGAAGUUUGGGAUGCAGAUGACGGAGUUGCCGGUGAAGGAGAAGAUGACGAUCAAUCAGCGGAGAGCUGCGCAGAAGGUUGAAAAGCCCUCGUCUACGAAUAAAUCCUGGAUAGUGUCGAGUACGCUGCCGUUGAAGUAUCGAAGGCCUGAGAUCCUGCCGCCGAAUAAGGCGGCGCUGGAAGGUACCUACACGGGUCUGUAUAGCUUUAUUAUUGCCGUGAUUUUGCUCAAUGGGGGCACGAUCAACGAGCAGAAGCUUGAUCGGUAUCUUAAGCGUACGAAUACUGAUGCGUAUACGCCGAUUGAUCGUACGGAUCGGUUCCUUCAGCGUCUUUGUAAGGAAGGGUACCUGGUGCGGAAUAGAGAGGCGGAUGGUGGCGAAGAGGUCAUUGAGUAUAUGCUUGGACCGAGGGGGAAGGUUGAAGUGGGUGCCAAAGGGGUGGCUAGAAUGGUACGCGAGGUCUAUGGACAGUCUGAUCCGAAUGAAAGGGACGAUGAAUUUGAGAUCCGCCUGGCGCGGAGUCUUGGACUCAAGCAACCGGAGCCGCGCGCUCAAGAGCCGACUGAAGAUGGCGAUGAGGAUAGAGAGGAGCAGGAAGAGAGACAGAGGGAGAGACAGCGGCAGCCUAAACGACGUGGUAACAGGCAUGAGCCUGAGUAUGAGGAAGAAAGCGAUGGUUGA